AUGAGUUCCUGGUACUCCAACCUCGUCACAAAGACAUCCUCCCAAAUCUCCAACCUCCGCUCCACCCUCCUCUCCAGCGAGGCCGAUGGCGACACCGAAGACGACACCCACGUCUGCCGCGUCCUGCGCAACUACUACACCGAAAAGGGCCGCUCCUUUCCCAACUGGCUGCCCCCCGACCCCAGGGCUCCGCCGCCGCAGAUGACGCAGGCCGUCUACGCCCAGCCGCAGGUCGGGUCGCGGUACGGCGGGCUCGGCGGAUCGCAGCAGGCCGGCGGCAGUGGAGGAGGCGGGCUCAGCAGCCUCUGGGACAACGGCCCUGCGCAGCAGCAGCAGCCGCCGCAGGUGCCGCAGAGCUUGCGGGCGGGCAGGCCGGCGACGACACAGCCCGGGGGGGCUUCGAGGGAGGAGAUUCUCAGAUCGCAGGCGCCUCGCUCGGGGAGCUACUCUGGCCCUGGCGGUCCGGCUCCCGCUGCUGGCUCGGCGCAGGAUCGCUUGAAGCAGCGGCUUUGGGGGACGCGCACCACGAGCCCGUCUUCCGGGGGCAGCGGACCGUUCCAGCCACCACCCAAUGGAGGUUCAGCAGGCGGCGGUGGUGGUGGCCAUCAGUCUCAGGGCAGCUACGAGGACAGAUUCGCACCGGGAGGAACCUACGAUAAUGCCCGAGGCAGCGGUGGCGGCGGCGGCGGCUAUCAGCCUUUUGUAGGCUCAAACGCCCCUUGGUCUAGCGAUGGCGGUCCUUAUUCAGGAGGAGGAGGAGGAGGAGCAGCAGGAGGAGCUGCUAAUGGCGUCCGGAGAAAAGGCCUGCCCAGUGGUCCAAGAGGGUACAGAUGA